AUGCCGUCCGCCACCGCGACGCCCGGGGCAACGCCCGCCUCUCUGUCGCCUUCCUUCAACGCCUACCGCAUCCUCUCCCUUCCCUCGCCCUUCGCGUCUUCCUCCACGCCGACAACCCUAUCUUCGUCGACAAUCAAGGCCGCCUACCGCCGCGCCCUCCUCACACACCACCCAGACAAGCUACCAGCCUCCGCCCAGUCACACUCAGCCGACCCGGGCAGCGCGGUGCCGUUGAAUGGCAAUAACGCAAGCAAGAGCUACACCAUCGACGACGUCACGCUCGCCUACAAGACACUACUCGACCCGGCCGCGCGCGCGGCACACGAUCGAUCGUUACGGCUGAAUGCCAAACCCGGCCUCACGGCGGGCGGCGACACGGGAGCAGACGAGGAAGAAGAAGCACAAUGGCGGCUCGGCCUCGAGGCUGUGGAUCUAGAUGACCUGGCGUACGACGAGGGCGCGGAAGGUGGCAGCCGGUGGUGGCGAGGUUGCAGAUGCGGCGAGGAGAAAGGAUUCGUGGUGGAUGAGGAGGCAUUGGAAGCGGCCACGGCCACGGCAGGAACCGGAGUUGGGGAGGUGCUGGUGGGGUGCGUUGGAUGUAGCUUGUGGAUUCGGGUAGGGUUCGCUGUUACGGAGGAUUGA